AUGCUCCCUAAACUACUUCCCCUCCUCUGCUUCAGGCUGUGUGUUGGCCAAGAAGACACAGGAAGAGAUGAGUCACUUCCCAAGCCCUCCCUCCGUGCCUGGCCCAGCCCGGUGGUACCUGCCCAGAGCAACGUGACCCUGCGAUGCCAGACUCCCACCAAGGAUGUCAACUUUGUUCUCAAAAAGGGAAGAGAUGUCUUGGAGAUCCUGAAACCACCUCACUCCACAGAGGGCCUGGCUGAAUUUCACCUGACUCAUCUCAACUCCAGACACGCUGGCGAGUACUCCUGUGAGUACUACAGGAAAGGGCACCCCCGCACAGGUUCACAGCCCAGUGACGUCCUGCUACUACUGGUGACAGGAUAUCUGCAAAAACCUUCCCUCCAAGCCCACCAAAGGGGUGUAGUGGCCGAAGGAGAAGACGUGACCCUGCAGUGCCAGAGGCCAGACACUGCAAGUGGGACUAUAAUGUUUGCUCUCCUGAAGGCAGGAGCGUCCGCACCUGUACAGCUCCGGACGCCAGCCGGGAAGGAGACAGACUUCUCCCUCCAGAACGUGCGAGUCAGCGACGCAGGGAGCUACAGCUGUGUGUACUACCAGACGAGGGCCCCUUUCUUGGCCUCACAACCCAGUGACCCCCUUGAGAUUUGGGUGGCGGCUCUCCCCCAUACCAUGAGCUCGGAUUACACCUUGGGUAACCUCAUCCGACUAGCUCUAGCUGCUGUAAUAAUGGUUAUUACGGGGGCUUUCCUGCUUGAAGCCUGGUGUAACCAGAGGAGCCAACAAAGGGUGUCAGUUCACAACCAGUGGGACCGCCAUAACCAAACAGAAGCAUCUCUGCACAGCACACCAGCACAACCAAGAGAUCUGGCGGCGUCAGUGGCGGCAGCAGCGCUGGCGGUGGCUGCACUGGAGGCAGAGGUGUCCUCUCUAGCAGAGAGGCUGGAAAGCGAAAGGGGCGGAGUGAAAGUCUUCCCGGCCACGCGGCUGCAGCUGCAGGCUCCCAACGCUCCUCAACCACACCCCGGAUUCUGA